GGAUAAUCUUUAUAAAUACUUGAAUAUAUAUAUAUAUAUAUUCGAUUCAUCUUCAAAGUUUCACAGUUCAUUUAAACACAGUUACAACAACACCACGAACAACAACAACAACAACAACAAGAGAAUGACAACUGAUUUACCUGAAGUAACUGGUGGUCCAAUAUGGUUACGUAAAAUGCGUACAUUAUUUCGUCGUCUUGAUUCAUGUGGACAUGGUUAUUUAAUGAUUGAUGAUUUAUUAGAUAUUGGUACAACAAUAUUUAAUAUUUAUCCUAAAAUGUUAUCAUAUAAAUAUGAUGAAUUAGUUAAAACAUUAGUUUAUUUAUGGUAUCAAGUAUUAUGUACUCAUGUAUCUAGGCAAUUAGCAACUACAAUAAAUAUUAAUGAAAAUACAUUUAUUGAUAAUUUAUUAAAUGCAUUUCAUAAUGAUUUUUAUCAAUAUUUUAAUGAAAAAUUUAUUCUACCAUUAUUUGUUGCUAUGGAUCAAGAUGAUGAUAAUUAUAUAACAAGUACAGAAUUUCAAACAUUAAUGAUUGCAUGGAAAUCAAUACCAAAAGAUUGUGAAUUAAUAUUUCGUUACUAUAGUGAUAAAAAUAAUAAAUUAAAUAAAGAAAAUUUUCAAAAAAUUUUUAUUGAUUAUUUUAUGUCAGAUAAUAUAAAUAGUAAUAUAAUAAAAUUAUGGGGACCAUUAAUUAAUUAUAAACGUGCUGAAGAUUAUGGUACUAUAGAUUGUGGUCCUGUAUGGGAAGGUAAAAUACGUACUAUGUAUAGACGUUUAGAUAUAAAUGAAACAAUGAAAUUAAAAUGUCAUGAUUUAUUACAAAUUGGACAAUUUUUAAUACAACGUACACAUUUAGAUAGACGACGUGCUGAUGCUGUAAUGCGGUCUAUGUUAAAUAUAUGGGUGAAAUUUUUGGCUAUAGAUAAAAAUGGGGAACAUUUAGAUGAAAUUCGUGAAAUUGAAUUUGUACACAAUAUGAGAGAAAUGAUCAAUGGUGAAUAUCGUCAUGAAAUUGAUCAAUUUGGAUGGACAUUUUUUAAAGCUAUAGAAAUUGAUAAUAGCGGUUUUAUAUCACAAGCAUCAUAUCGUAUAUUACAAGAAGCAUGGCAUGUUGGACGAGAUGAAGCUGAAGGAAUGUUUAAAAUAUUGGAUAGUGAUAAAGAUGGUAAAAUUAGUAGUGAUGAAUUUCUUACAGCAUGGAAUGAAUUUUUUCUUAGUGAAGAUCCACAUAGUCCAUAUAGAAUGUUUUUUGGUCCAGUUAUAUCACGUCCUACAGAAGCUAGAUAAAUAAUCAAUCAAUCAAUCAAUCAAUC